AUGCAAGGUGGGAUACGGAGGAAGCAGGACUUGCUGCCGCGAUACAACACGCCGGCGACGCGGCAGGCGGGGCUCACGACGCCGCUGAAGAAGCUGCUGGCGUACCUGGUGCUGCUAGGGCUGGUGUUCUUGGCGGUGCGGACGGGGCUGUCGGGCAGCGCGGAGCCGCCGGCGGUGGAGCUGGAGGCGCCGCGGGCGCCGCCGGUGGAGGAGCGCGUGGCGGGGGGGCGCGAGGCAGACGUAGCAGGUAUGUAG